AUGGACGCCGUACUUCGCCAGUCCAAGGCCUUGUGCCCCUUCCUCAAGAAGGCGUCGCCGGCCACUUUGCGGCAACUCUCAACGGCAUCUGCACCGGCCCGGCCGCGUGUAUCGCCAUGCGGUGGCACCAUCUCCAAGCUGCAGCUGCUGGCUCACCGGUGUCCUGUCAUGGGCAAGGCAAUGGCUGUCCAGUCGGCCAAGGCGGGUGUGAAGCUGCCAGUCGGCCUGGCCAAGAUACACACCUCGCGGACCCAGGAUGCCAGGGCCGUUGACGGGCCUGUCGUUGCUCCUCUUGAGAACGUGCCCUUCCCGCCCAAGGUUGCUUCGGGCCGAUCCGUCGCCUCGUCGAACCCCGCCGCCGCGAGCGCCUCCCCGGUUGCCGGCCAUUCGGGCAAGAAGUUUUCCUAUGAACAGUUCUACGAAUCCGAGCUGCAGAAGAAACACAAAGACAAAUCGUACCGCUACUUCAACAACAUCAACCGCCUGGCCAAGGAGUUCCCGCGCGCCCACAUGUCCGACAAGGAGGACAAGGUGACUGUUUGGUGCGCCAACGACUACCUGGGCAUGGGCCGCAACCCUAAGGUCUUGUCCAAGAUGCACGAGACGCUCGAUGAGUAUGGUGCUGGCGCUGGUGGUACUCGCAACAUCUCAGGCCACAACCGCCAUGCUGUCGAGCUCGAGGGUACCAUCGCCAAGUUGCACGCCAAGGAUGCUGCGUUGGUUUUCAGCUCUUGCUACGUUGCCAACGAUGCCACACUCGCCACUCUGGGCAGCAAAAUGCCGGAUUGUGUCAUCUUGUCCGACAGCCUCAACCAUGCCUCCAUGAUCCAGGGCAUCCGGCAUUCCGGCACCAAGAAAAUCGUCUUCAAACACAACGAUGUGGCGGACCUCGAGGCUAAGCUGGCGUCCCUCCCGCUACAUGUUCCCAAGAUCAUCGCCUUUGAGUCAGUCUAUAGCAUGUGCGGCUCCAUUGGCCCUAUUGAGGAGAUUUGUGAUUUGGCCGACAAAUACGGUGCCAUCACUUUCCUCGACGAAGUUCACGCCGUUGGUAUGUACGGCCCACACGGAGCCGGCGUAGCCGAGCACCUCGACUUUGAGGCGCACAAGGCGGGCCGGCCCCGCGGCACCAUCAUGGACCGCAUCGACAUCAUCACCGGAACGCUCGGCAAAGCUUACGGCUGCGUUGGCGGGUACAUUGCCGGUUCAGCCAAGCUCAUCGACAUGAUCCGCUCGCUCGCGCCAGGCUUCAUCUUCACCACCUCUCUCCCGCCUGCGACCAUGGCUGGUGCUCGUGCCGCUAUCGAAUACCAGAUGGAGCACGAUGGCGACCGCAGGCUGCAGCAGCUUCACACGCGCGCCGUCAAGGAGGCUCUUCAACACCGAGAUAUCCCCGUCAUCCCCAACCCGUCUCACAUCAUCCCGAUCCUCGUCGGCAAUGCCGAGCUUGCAAAGCGCGCCUCGGACAUGCUGCUCUCGGACUACCAGAUCUACGUGCAGUCCAUCAACUACCCGACCGUGCCCGUUGGUCAGGAGAGGCUGCGCGUAACCCCCACGCCAGGCCACGUCAAGGAGUUCCGCGACGACCUCGUCGUUGCCCUCGAUGCCAUCUGGACCAAGCUCGGCAUCAAGCGCACUUCGGAGUGGGCUGCCGAGGGCGGCUUCAUCGGUGUUGGCGAGGAGGGUUCCGAGGCGCAGGCGCGGCCGUUGUGGACUGACGCCCAACUAGGGAUCGAGCAGGCCGCCAAGGAGAUCAUGGCCUCGGGCACUGUGCCGACCGGCUGCUUUACCGAGUCGCUUAUCGAGCGCGAGGGCGCGGCGCUGGGUCGCAGCAGCAUGGCGGCUGCUGCCUAA